AUGCCUCAGACACUGUUGAAUUCCUCAGCCUGUACUUUGCCAGACAGUUUCGUGCAAUUUUGCAGCGAUCAAUCAGCUUCUACGUUUUGUUGGAAUGUCAAGGUCGAUAGUGAUUCAACUCUCUCAAUUUCUGACAGAACGAGGGCAGACUUGAUCCAGGACGCUACUGCAACUGCACAACGGUUCUUGCAUUUCGGCCUUUCACGAAGGCAAUGCGGAGCACCACUAGUCAACGUAUGCUUCUUCGCGCGCAGUGGCUAUGAUAUCUUUGUGGGGUUCCUCGCUGCCUUGAUAAACAGAUGGACUCCGACAUUGAUAUCUGACAAGAAUAGUCCUGAAGGUGUAAUACACCUUGUUCGUGCCUCCGGUUCUCAGUGUCUUUUCGUUGACGCUACUCAUCCCGACCUCAUCGAUCUCGUACAACGCCAAGUCCCAAAUCUUCAAAUUAUCCCUCUACAGAGUGAUAAUGGGACGACUCUACAACCCCCCGUCACUUACCCUCCCAUCAAUCAAGACCACGACUUACUAGACCUAGAUAUGGUCGCGUAUAAUCUUCAUACUUCAGGAUCAACAGGACACCCCAAACUGAUACCAAUUACUCACAGACAGUGGUACGACCAAACCAUGCGAUUGACACCAUUUCCGGGCCGUGCAGUGUGUACCCCUAUGCCUAUGUUUCAUACGGUGGGGCUUACUUGCUUAACCAAGUUCACUAUUGGCGCAGGCUGCAUACCGGUAAUCAUUGAAUCCACGCGACCUUGCACAGGAGAAUUACUGUGUCAUAUCCUCAGCCGCUUCAAUGGUGCAAUCUGUGUUACCCCUCCGUCCCUGCUUGAACAGAUCUCCUUGAUGGGAGAAGGAGCAAUACAAACACUCGGCUCUACACAUAUGGUUUUGUUCGCUGGCGCACCCCUGCAAGAGCCUGUUGGUAACAGAUUAGCAAGUCAUGGCGUGAAUAUCAUCUCGGCCUUUGGAACCACUGAGACCGGACAAUUAACUGUGGCAGAUAUCAGCUCUGACGAUCCCCUCGACUGGCCUUAUGUCCGAUUCAUCGAUCCAUCUGAGAUAACAUUGGUGGAUGUACCAAAUGCCAGUGAUCUGCGGCGUUUAGUUGUCAAGCCAGGCCGUUUUGUGUCUUCUGACCUCGUCAAUCAUCAUAAUCCUAUUGGCUUCAGCUCUGGAGACCUAUGGCGGGAGCAUCCAACAAGAAAAGGCAUUCCCAAUAAUUUUCACGCAAUUUACUUCAUUAAUAUGACUACUGUGCUCUGUAAUGGAGAGAAGACGGACAACGAGCAGCUUGGUAGGGCGUUUUAUGGUCUUUUCAAAGGUCAGGUAGCAAUUCUGAGCUUGGAUAUAGAGUCACUUGUACUCAAGAAUUCCUUCGUGGAACGCGUGGUUGUAUUUGGCGAAGGGCGUUUGCAGAAUGGGCUGCUUGUCCUUCCCAAGGCCAUAUCCUGGAGCAAUGCUGAUUUUGCGACAUCCUUACAGUCAACCACUCAACACAUGAAUUCCAUUGUUCCAAAGCAUUCUCGCGUCGUACAAGCUCUCGUUAUCCUUGGAGAUCCGAAAAAACCUUUCGUUCUGACAGACAAAGGGACCAUCCGACGCCACGAGACACUUGCUCUUUACUCUCAAGAGAUCCAGGAAGCGUAUACAGCUCUGGACUCUGGCUCUCCUUUUAGACCUCUGCCAUUAAAGGAUGAUUAUAAGGGCGUUCUAAUGUACAUUCAGGCAAUCGCAGCCCGUGUACUUGGAGUGGAGGUCGCUGUUGAAGAUGACCUUUUCUCCCGUGGCAUGGAUUCCUUAUCAGCGGCGAAUUUUACAGCCUACCUAACGCCACUUUGGAAACUCGUUAGGGACACAGAAUUGCCUCGUAAUAUCGUCUACAAAUAUUCAUCCAUCGAUAGUCUGCAUCAAGUAAUCACUGGGAGAAUAUCGCACAACAUGAAUCGUAAUAAUGCAGAACACAUAGAUGCGAUCAUCAAGAAGUGGACAUUUCCGAACCCUGCUCCAGCCAAGCGUUUAUCGUACUUGGAACACACAUCCCGCAAUAUGGACGACGAUCGCCUGAUUGUGCUCCUCACAGGAUCAACAGGCACGUUCGGUAGCCACGUUUUGUCAGAGCUCGUACGGAGGGAAGGAGUCCACGCUGUUUACUGCUUAGACCGCGCGAAUCCUCGUUCGUUGGGUGCUCAUACUCAGCGAAUAAGAUACGAAGCUGCGCCAGGCAAAGGAGACACGAAGGUCGAGUCUUGGUCUAUGAAUCUCGGAGAAAGCGACUUUGGUUUAGAUCCAGAAACCGUUCAGAAGAUCCAUAGAGACGUUACCCACAUCGUUCAUUGCGCAUGGGACGUGAAUUUCAACCACGAGUUGGAACAUUUUCUCGACCCCCAUGUCCGUGCCCUACAUACGAUGCUCGAACUAUCUGCUUCUAGCGUUCGCACAAAGGCACCAUGCAUCUUUUUCAUCUCCAGCGUUUCUGCUGUUGCGAACUACUCGGGGCCCGAACAUGCUAUCCCUGAAGUUACUUUCAACUCGUCGAGCUUACCACUUGAUCAGGGUUAUGCGCAAUCGAAGUAUGUUGCGGAAAGGGUUCUAAUUGAUGCAUCCCGAGCCGCAAAUAUACCAGUAACGAUUGUGCGUGCUGGACAACUCGCUGGCAAUACCACGCUAGGCGCAUGGAAUGUGAUGGAACAUAUUCCUAUUUUCAUUCAGGCUUGUUUCUCUUUGAAGCUUAUGCCCUCUCAGAUUCCGAACUUGUCAUGGACGCCGAUUGAUGUUGCAUCAGCCAUAUUGGUGGACAUCGUACUAAAGGACCCUUACAGUGAUGCGACCAACCUUUUGGUGCGGCACAUCGACAGUCCCGAAGAACUCGCCAGCUCGGAUUUCCUACAAUGGAUGGUUGAGGCAUCAGGGAAUUCUAUAGUUCUCGUAUCCAACGAGAAAUGGCUCGACUCAGUGCGAAAUAGCUCAAUGGUCUUGAAGGCGAAGCAUCUCCUGCCGUUCUUCGAACAAUGGUUGUCCAAUGCAGCUCACUGCAGGCAUCGUGUACUCAGCGUACAAGAUACGAAGCUUUUGUCUGAAAGCUUUUCUCGAGCACACAUAACCCCAGAACUCUUCGGACAGUACGUGAACUUCAUUCUCAAGUCAAAUAGUUCAUCGAGUAGUGUAUAA